AUGUUUUACAAAUCUAUGCCAGAUUUCCCUAUGGAUUCUAACAACGGCAACUGCAGAGGAGCUGGCAUUGAGCGCUGCAAGUGCAAGCCCAUAAAAGCUACCCAGAAGACUUACCUACGCAACAAUUAUAACUACGUGAUUCGGGCUAAAGUGAAGGAGGUCAAGAUGAAAUGUCAUGACGUUACUGCAGUAGUGGAAGUAAAGGAGAUCCUAAAAUCUUCCCUGGUGAACAUCCCAAAGGACACUGUAAACCUCCACACGAACUCUGGCUGCCUGUGCCCACCACUCAGUGCCAAUGAGGAGUACAUCAUUAUGGGCUACGAAGAUGAGGAGCGCUCCAGGUUACUUUUGGUGGAAGGCUCCAUAGCUGAGAAAUGGAAGGAUCGUCUCGGUAAAAAAGUGAAGCGCUGGGACCAGAAGCUCCGCCACCUUGGGAAGGGGAAGGGAGAGUCUGGACACAGUGACCCUGCUCCAAAGCCUGGCAAACCCAGUGGUGCCCGACAAGCACGUAGUUAGGUGUGGGAUGCUCUACGUUGACAUGCAGUGGACUAUCUACCAAGACGUCAUCGUUGGAGCAGCAAAGGAGAAAUUGCACUAUUGCACGUUAUAUUCUAUUGUUUACUACAAAAUAAUGUUUUAGCUUAUAUUAGUUUUUAAUCUUCCUCUUGUUUUUCCACCUUUGUUUUU